AGGAACUGUAGAGAUGGAGCCUCCAGCAGCUGGGACCACCUCUGGAGGGAGGAAGAAGUUCACUGUGAAGACACAGGAUGAAGAUUACAAUGUGGCCCCGGCGCAGCUGCUUUUCAAGCCCUCCUGUCCUUCAAGCCCCUCCCCAGCCCCCAAGGCUCCAGCAGGGCCAGUGGGGGCCACCUAUGCCGACUACAUUGUAGGACAAGCAGAUGUCUCCUUGGCCCCCCAGUCAAAGCCAGCAGCAGCUGUGACUGCAGCAGUAACCAAACCUCAGAGCUCCUUGGCUGUGCAGACCAGCCCCGAAGACAAAGAACCACCCCUGAACCCGGCACCCAAACCAGGAGCCAAGCACAACUCCAUCAUUGUCAGUCCUCGCCAGACCCUGACUGGGCUUUCUUUCUUUCCUCAGAGGGGCAACCCCAUCCUGAAGUUUAUCCGCAACGUGCCUUGGGAGUUUGGUGAGAUUGUCCCAGAUUAUGUCCUAGGCCAGAGCACCUGCGCCCUUUUCCUGAGCCUCCGCUACCACAACCUGAAGCCCAACUACAUUCAUGAAUGCCUUCAGACGCUGGGCAAGACCUACAUGCUGCAGGUGCUGCUGAUCCAGAAAGACCCGCACCAGGCCCUGAAGGAACUGGCAAAGAUCUGCAUCCUGGCGGACUGCACCCUGGUCUUAGCAUGGAGCCCCGAGGAAGCUGGCCGCUACCUUGAAACUUACAAGGCCUAUGAACAGAAGCCAGCAGACCUGCUGAAGGAGAAGGUGGACCAGAAUUACCUGUCUCGAGUGACCGACUGCCUGACCAGCGUGAAGUCAGUGAACAAGACCGACACGCUGAGCCUCCUCUCCACUUUUGGAUCCCUGGCCAGCAUAGGUGAAGCUUCCAAGGAAGAGCUGUCCCUCUGCCCAGGGAUCGGGCCCCAGAAGGCCAAGAGGCUUUUUGACAUCCUUCAUGAGCCGUUUCUCAAAGUCCCCAAAUGAGCGGAGGGCUCCCUGACCAGAC